UAUUUAUUUAUUUUAGUUUAUUAAUAAAUAUCUGUAAAUUAAUAAAAGAUGUCAGAUCAACAACCAACUCCAGAAGCUCCAAAAAAGGAGAUUGAUGAAGAAACUAAAAGAAAGAAUGAAGAAAAAAAGAAAGCUAAAGAAGCUGAAAAAGCUGAAAAGUUACUCAAAAUGAAAGAAAAAGAAGCUAAACAAGCUGCUGCCAAAGAAAAGGAACUUGCAAAUAAAGCCAAAAAAGAAGCAGAAAAGAAAGCUAAAGAAAAUGAAGAAAAAGAAAAACAAGAAGCUGAAACAAAGAAAAUUAAUGAUUAUAUUUCAGAAUUAUUAAAAACUCCAAAAGGUUCAAUUAAAAAUACAUCAAAUUUAUUACCAGCAUAUCAUCCAUUAGCUGUAGAAUCAGUUUGGUAUGAUUAUUGGUUAGAAAAUGGAUAUUUUUCACCAGAAACACAAAUGGAAAUUCAACCACAUGUUAUGAAAGAUAAGAAAUUUAUUAUUGUUAUUCCACCACCAAAUGUUACAGGUAGUCUUCAUUUAGGUCAUGCUUUAACCAACUCAAUUCAAGAUGCAGUUGUUCGUUAUCGUCGUAUGAAGGGUGAAGUUUGUUUAUGGGUUCCAGGUACAGAUCACGCUGGUAUUGCAACACAAGUAGUUGUCGAAAAGAAACUUUGGAAAGAUUCAAAGAUCACUCGUCAUGAUUUAGGUCGUGAAGAAUUUAUUAAAAAAGUUUGGGAAUGGAAAUCUGAAUAUGGUACUCGUAUUCAAAAUCAAUUAAAGAAGAUGGCUUCAUCAUAUGAUUGGAAGCGUGAAGUUUUCACAAUGGACGAGCCACGUUCAAGAGCUGUCAACACUGCUUUUAUUCGUAUGUUUAAUGAUGGUCUUAUUUUCCGUACCACUCGUUUAGUCAAUUGGUCAUGUGCCCUUAAAACCGCUAUUUCAGAUAUCGAAGUCGAUUUCAAAGAUUUAGAGAAACACACUAAAUUACCAGUUCCAGGUCAUGAUGGUCUUUAUGAUUUUGGUGUCCUCUUUGAAUUUGCUUAUCCAGUCGAAGGUACUGGUGAACAUUUAGUUGUUGCUACCACCCGUAUUGAAACAAUGUUAGCUGAUACUGCCAUCGCUGUUCACCCAGAUGAUGAACGUUAUAAACAUCUCCAUGGUAAAUUUGCUGUUCAUCCAUUGGUCGAUCGUAAGAUUCCAAUUAUUACUGAUGCUAUUUUAGUCGAUAAAGAUUUUGGUACUGGUGUUGUCAAGAUUACUCCAUCACACGAUCCAAACGAUUAUGAAACUGCCCUUCGUCACAAAUUAGAGUUUAUCAAUUUAUUCACAGAUGAAGGUAUAAUCAAUGAAAAUGGUGGUAAGUUUGCUGGUAUGAAGAGAUUCGAUUGUCGUAAUGCAGUUGUUGAGGCAUUAAAAGAAAAAGGUCUUUACAAGGGCAUGAAGGAUAACAAGAUGAGAUUAGGUAUCUGCUCUCGUUCAAAGGAUAUCAUCGAACCAAUGAUCAAACCACAAUGGUACGUUAAAUGCGAUGAAAUGGGUGCCAAAGCAUUAAAUGCUGUCAAGGAUGGUGACCUCAAAAUUAUUCCAGAAACUCAAAAAAUCACCUGGUACCGUUGGUUAGAAUCAAUUAAAGAUUGGUGUGUUUCAAGACAAUUAUGGUGGGGUCAUCGUAUUCCAGCUUACCAUGUCAGUAUCAAAGGUGUUAGAUCUAAUCCAUAUGAUACUAAUCAAUGGGUUGUUGGUAUGAACCAAGAAGAAGCUAGAAAGAAUGCCACAGAAAAAUUCAAAUGCUCAGAUGAAGAUAUUGUUUCAAUCGAACAAGAUCCAGAUGUUUUAGAUACUUGGUUCUCAUCAGGUCUCUUCCCAUUCUCAGUUAUGGGAUGGCCAGAUCAAACUGAAGAUAUGAUGAAUUUCUAUCCAACUUCACUUUUAGAAACUGGUUCAGAUAUUCUUUUCUUCUGGGUCGCUCGUAUGGUUAUGAUGGGUCAACAAUUAACUGGUAAAUUACCAUUUGAUACUGUUUUCCUUCACUCUAUGGUCAGAGAUGCUCAUGGCAGAAAGAUGUCAAAAUCAUUAGGUAAUGUCAUUGAUCCAAAUGAUGUUAUUAAAGGUGUUUCAUUAGAUGGUCUUAUAGAAAAACUUUAUGAAGGUAAUCUUGAUCCAAAAGAAGUCGAAAAAGCUUCUGCUGGUGUCAAACAAGAUUUCCCAAAUGGUAUUGCAGAAUGUGGUACUGAUGCUAUGAGAUUUGCUCUCUGUGCUUACACAUCUCAAGGCCGUGAUAUCAAUCUUGAUAUUCAACGUGUUGUUGCUUAUCGUAAUUUCUGUAACAAGAUUUGGAAUGCUACUCGUUUCGCUCAUAUGAAAUUAGAAUCAUUAUUUAAACCAUCCGCUUUUGAUGCCCAAGAGUUACUUAAAGACACAAAUGCCAUCAAUAUUUGGAUUCUCAAUGCUGCUCAACGUGCCAUUAAAGACGCUAAUGAAGGUUUUGACAGCUACGAUUUCUCUAAAGCUACCACUGCAGUUUACAACUUUUGGUUAUCUGAAUUAUGCGAUGUCUAUUUAGAAAUGACCAAAUCUAUCUUUUCAAUUGAAGAGGAUGCUCCAAUUAAACAAAAAACUAAAGAAACCCUUUACACUUGCAUUGAUAUUGGUCUUCGUCUUAUUCAUCCAUUCAUGCCAUUCCUCUCAGAAGAACUUUACCAAUCAUUACCACGUCGUCAAGGUGAUACUAUUCCAUCCAUUAUGUUAGCUCCAUACCCAAUUCCACAACCACUUUGGGAAUCACCAAGCAUCGAAAAGGAAAUGAUGGAAUGCCAAGAUGUCAUUAAAUCAAUUCGUUCACUUCGUUCAUCCUACAAUAUCCCAACCUCUAAAAAGAUUCACACCUUUAUUCACGUCAAAGAUCACGAAAAUCUUGAAAGAUUCAAUAGUCACGCUCAAUUCAUUCGUGUUUUAGCUUAUGCUUCACAACUUGAAGUUCACAUUAGUGCUGAAUCACGUCCAGGUUGUAUCAUCAAUAUCGUCAAUGAAAAUGUUUCAAUUCUUUUAGAUGUUAGAGGUUCAGUUGAUUUCAAUCAAGAAAUUGGACGUCUCGAAUCAAAGAAAUCUCUUUUAGUUAAAAACUUUGACACUCUUCAAUCAAAAACUCAAGCACCAACUUAUGAAAAAGUUCCACAAACUAUUAAAGAUAAUGAUUCAACUAAACUUAAAUCAUUAGAAGAAGAAAUUACUUUAACAAAUCAAACUAUUGAAUCAUUUAAAAAAUUAAAUAUUUAAAAAUAAAAAUAAAAUAAAAUAAAAUAAAAUAAAAAAAAUAAAAUAAAAUCACUAAAUAUUUUAUUAAUAUUUAAAUAAUUAU